AAAAUGCGUCUGAUAAAAUGCCCUUACAGGACCCGAGUCACCUUCACUAGGAUCCCUCCAACCGCAAGCCAGAGCCGUCGCGUCGUCGGCCUCAGCCCACCGUACUCUCAUCUUCGGUUGAAUUUCUCUCCCCUUUAGGCAUGAACUUGAGGUGGUGGGUUAUUGUAAAGGUAUCAGACACAAAGAUCAUCUGACCACACAUUGUACCACAGCACUUGCAGGGUGACUUUUUGGCAGUAGUUGCAUAGACGCUUAUACCCUUUGUACUCAUUUCCUUUAUCUGUUUGCUUUCUUUUUGUUGUGUUUCAAUAUCUCCAAAGAUGGCUGCCAUUGAUGAUGGUUUGAAGAAGCUCGAGUACCUUUCCUUGGUUUCCAAAGUCUGUUCAGAGCUGGAAACCCAUCUAGGGUUUGGGGAUAAAGUUCUUGCUGAGUUCAUAACUGAGAUGGGACGAAACUGUGGGAACGUGGAUGAAUUUGAUGCCAAAUUGAAGGAGAACGGUGCCGAGAUGCCCGAUUACUUUGUCCGCACACUCCUCACUAUCAUUCAUGCAAUUCUUCCUCCGAAGCCAAAGUCUGAGAAUGACUCAAUGAUAGAGAAUACUACUGAAGGUAAGAAGACCAAGUUUAAGGCUCUGUCUAUUGCUGAUAACAGGGAUAGGGUAAAUGAUCUCCAGAGGGAAAUUGAGAUGGAGACCAAGGAAAAGAAAAAUGACCGAGAAGAGUGGGGUGAUGAGCGUGAAGAAGAUAGGCGUAGAGGUAGAGGUAGAGAUAGAGACAGAUAUGGGGAAAGAGAUCGAGACAGAGAUAGAGAUAGGGAUAGGAGAGAGAGGGGCAGGGAUAGGUAUGACAGAGAUGAGAGGCGAAAAGAUACACAUCAUGAUUAUGAUAAGGGAAGGCAUACAGACCGAUCCAAUAAGCACAGAAGGGAUGGGUAUCAAGAGGAUGAAGAUGUUAGAGAGGAGGGUGGUAACAGGAGAGGAGGUGGGGAUCAGCGGAGUGGACUGCACCAUUCUGAUGAGCCUGAAUUGUAUCAGGUUUAUAAGGGCAGGGUAUCAAAAGUCAUGGACACGGGUUGCUUUGUUCAGUUCAGUGACUUUAGGGGGAAGGAGGGUCUGGUUCAUGUUUCACAGAUGGCAACGCGGCGUAUUGGUAAUGCUAAAGAUGUGGUGAAGAGGGAUCAAGAGGUCUAUGUUAAGGUGAUUUCAGUUUCUGGUCAGAAGUUGAGCCUUUCAAUGAGGGAUGUUGAUCAGCAUACCGGAAAGGAUUUGCUUCCAUUGAAGAAGAGCUCAGAGGAUGAUGCUCAUAGGACAAACCCUUCGGUAUCAAAGCAUGAUGGGCCUGUGACAAGGACUGGUCUUUCUGGGAUUAGAAUUGUGGAAGAGAACAAUGUUGCCCCUUCUCGGCGGCCAUUAAAGAGAAUGAGCUCGCCGGAGAAGUGGGAAGCCAAACAGUUGAUUGCCUCAGGUGUUUUGGGUGUUACAGAAUAUCCAAUGUAUGAUGAGGAAACAGAGGGGAUGCUUUAUGAAGAAGAGGGAGCUGAGGAAGAGCUUGAAAUUGAGCUUAAUGAGGAUGAGCCAGCCUUUUUGCAAGGGCAAAGCAGGUAUUCUGUAGAUAUGUCACCUGUGAAAAUCUUUAAGAAUCCAGAGGGGUCAUUAAGUCGUGCAGCUGCACUUCAAUCUGCACUUAUUAAAGAGCGCAGAGAAGUGCGUGAGCAGCAGCAAAGAACCAUGUUGGAUUCAAUCCCAAAGGAUCUGAAUCGUCCUUGGGAAGAUCCAAUGCCAGAGACUGGUGAGAGGCAUCUUGCACAGGAGCUUAGAGGUGUUGGUUUGUCGGCCUAUGACAUGCCUGAGUGGAAGAAGGAUGCUUUUGGGAAGACUGUCAGUUUUGGGCAGAGGUCAAAGCUCUCACUUCAGGAACAGAGGCAGAGCUUGCCCAUCUACAAGCUCAAGAAAGAAUUGGUUCAGGCAGUGCAUGAAAAUCAAGUUCUUGUUGUCAUUGGUGAGACUGGUUCGGGCAAGACAACCCAGGUAACACAAUAUCUUGCAGAAGCAGGUUACACAACAAUGGGUAAGAUUGGGUGUACACAACCACGUAGGGUGGCCGCGAUGUCUGUAGCCAAGAGAGUUGCUGAAGAAUUUGGUUGUCGUUUGGGGGAGGAAGUUGGCUAUGCUAUUCGUUUUGAGGAUUGCACUGGCCCUGAUACUGUCAUCAAGUACAUGACUGAUGGUAUGCUUCUUAGGGAGAUUUUGAUCGAUGAAAACCUUUCUCAGUACUCUGUGGUCAUGCUUGAUGAAGCUCAUGAGAGGACAAUCCAUACAGAUGUUCUUUUUGGAUUAUUGAAGAAACUUAUCAAGCGGAGACCAGACCUACGUUUGAUUGUCACAUCUGCUACCUUAGAUGCUGAGAAGUUUUCAGGUUAUUUCUUCGACUGUAACAUCUUCACUAUACCAGGGAGAACUUUUCCUGUAGAGAUACUAUACACCAAGCAGCCAGAAAGUGAUUAUCUUGAUGCAUCUCUAAUCACUGUUCUACAGAUUCACUUAACAGAACCAGAAGGGGACAUCCUUCUCUUCUUGACGGGACAGGAAGAAAUUGAUUUCUCAUGCCAGUCACUUUUUGAGAGGAUGAAAGGUCUUGGUAAAAAUGUACCUGAGUUGAUUAUCUUACCAGUUUACAGUGCCCUUCCUAGUGAAAUGCAGUCUAGGAUUUUUGAUCCAGCUCCACCUGGGAAGAGGAAAGUAGUUGUGGCUACUAAUAUUGCUGAGGCAUCACUAACCAUUGAUGGGAUAUUUUAUGUAAUUGAUCCUGGAUUUGCAAAGCAAAAUGUUUAUAACCCAAAGCAAGGGCUGGAUUCACUGGUCAUAACCCCAAUUUCACAAGCAUCAGCCAAGCAAAGAGCUGGGCGCGCUGGGCGUACUGGGCCUGGAAAGUGUUACCGCCUCUACACUGAGAGUGCAUACCGCAACGAGAUGUCCCCUACUUCAGUUCCAGAAAUUCAGAGGAUAAAUCUUGGGUUAACUACACUUACCAUGAAAGCAAUGGGGAUAAACGAUCUGUUGUCUUUUGAUUUUAUGGAUCCUCCCUCACCCCAAGCACUCAUUUCUGCUAUGGAACAACUGUACAGUUUAGGAGCACUCGACGAGGAGGGGCUUCUCACCAAACUGGGUAGGAAAAUGGCUGAGUUUCCUCUUGAUCCACCACUAUCUAAGAUGCUACUGGCCAGUGUGGACCUUGGAUGCAGUGAUGAGAUCUUGACCAUGAUUGCCAUGAUUCAGACAGGCAAUAUAUUUUACAGGCCUAGGGAAAAACAAGCCCAGGCUGAUCAGAAGAGAGCCAAGUUUUUCCAGCCAGAGGGAGACCAUCUGACUUUACUUGCAGUGUAUGAGGCUUGGAAAGCUAAGAACUUUUCAGGGCCAUGGUGCUUUGAGAACUUCGUUCAGUCUCGAUCCCUUAGGAGGGCACAGGAUGUCAGAAAACAGCUUCUAAGCAUCAUGGAUAAGUAUAAACUGGAUGUUGUGAGUGCUGGAAAGAAUUUUACACAGAUCAGGAAGGCAAUUACAGCGGGAUUUUUCUUCCAUGGUGCUAGAAAGGACCCUCAGGAGGGGUAUAGAACCUUAGUGGAGAACCAGCCAGUUUAUAUCCAUCCAAGCAGUGCGCUCUUCCAGAGACAACCAGAUUGGAUCAUCUACCAUGAGUUGGUUAUGACUACGAAGGAGUAUAUGCGUGAGGUAACCGUCGUUGACCCCAAAUGGCUUGUGGAACUAGCACCCAGGUUCUUCAAAGUGGCAGACCCUACCAAGAUGAGUAAGCGCAAGCGUCAAGAGCGUAUUGAACCGCUAUAUGACAGAUACCAUGAACCAAACUCUUGGCGUCUUAGUAAACGACGUGCAUGAUAUGUGUUGUUUUCAAGCCUGCUGUCAGCGUGAAUGUGUUUUGAUUUUUCUUUUAGUGCAAAUGUAAACGGAUUGUAAGACAACUUCCGCAUACUCUAUCUACUUCGUAUCCAUUUUGGGGUCAAAGAAGAAAAUCACAGCUCCAGCAGUCUCCAUCUGGCUCUCUAUUUGGAAACAUAUUUGCCUCUGCACAUCUGGUGCAGAGGAGAGAGAAACAAAGGGCCAUUUCUUUUGCAAGGGGCAGAAAUUCAAUUCCAUAAGGUUCCAGUGUUGUUUCUUUCUUCACAACCGCUUCUGUUUCCAACUCAUGAAAAAAUCUUCCAAAACCUUUUGCACCAUAUCAGAUUGGAGAUUGAACGAGGUCCUUAAAACUGCAGUUUUUCUUCAUCGAUGGCAGGAAGGUCCCGCCCAGCUGCUUUAGCGGUGUCUUUCUCAUGUUGGUGUGAGGCUUUGAGCUUUGACCAGUUUCACUUUGCUCUGAAAGUAAAGGGCCGCUGGGCAUUCUGUUGAGGUUCGUUAGAGGCUAAUUUUCUAGUGACUUCUUUUCCCCUCUCGAGUCUGCGGCAUCUUGGUUGCAAGAAUAGUGAAUUUUAUAAUUUGCAGUUAAGUUGUGUUUCAAGAUCUACUGUUUACUUUGUAUAGAUGCGGUUUUUGUAUACAAAAUGCUCUGUUUUUGUAUCACAGUUUUGUUAAAAGAAGUAAAUUAUUUUGGAAUUUGGA